GUCAAGGUGUCGACGUAUCGUAGGACUUCCGGAAACGACGAGCCACGAGACCGGCACGCGUGCUUUGUGUAUUCCUUUGAUAAACAUAUUUUUCCCUAAAUAUUCUCCAACGUCAUAGCAAACGAGCGACCUAAUUAUCAGUACGUUAAAAUAUUCAUUGAUCCUCCUAAUUAUCAGAGUCAAGUCGAGUCGAUGCUAAUAAAUGCAACAACAUUUAUACGAAUCAAUGAGUUGUUUCGAUAGUUGUCAAUUAAUUACAUAGUGACGUGCGAAAGGAAAAUUUCGUUUUCGGUUCUCGCAGGGAAUGUAGGAGUGGAAAAAAGAACGUUGUAAAUCAUACUGGAAUGGUUUCUGCGGUUUUCCAGAGCUGACGCGUACGGUGGGAGCGAUUAGAAGCGAUUAGAGGCGAUUAGAGGUGUUCUGGAUUGCGUCGCGGUAACGCAAAAGCUACUACGCACCCCUGAACCACAACUAGCUGCCUCUCGAGAAGCGAGAGUAAGAGCACCAGCCCCUUUUACACCCCCGGGAAAGCAGAGACCGAAUCUCUCUCUCUCUCUCUCUCUCUCUCUCUCUAGCUCUUUCAAGGGGACCGCCGUUCCGAUUGCUGCGAAAGAGCUGAUUCGAUUGUGCCACUCAUUGUCGGCCCCUCCUUUGUCCCUCUUAUCCAAACUAUCACGAUUAUUGCUUUAUUACUUAAUUUAAUGAAUGAUGGAAAGUAGGCGCCUACUUGGACGAUUUAUUUUCUCACUUAUACUCGAGGCUUUUCCUGUGAUCUUGAUCAAAAUGUCAUAUGUUCAGGCCAAGUUACGAGUUAUGUUUUAUGAUUUUGGUCGAAGGUAAGCGUGGCAGCGGAGCAUCAAAGAGACGAAAAUUAAUCGUCAUAUAAGUGCUCCUGCAAUCUUUGCGGCAUUUCCCUUUGACGGAAUCUCGUGCUCUGUCAAGAAGCAGCUCCCUGCCACGGUCGGUCGACCACUCGACCAAUCACUUUCUCCUCCUAUCUUAGUAUGGCUAAGUAAGUGUCUAAAAAAAGGAUAAGUCUAAGUCGUGCUCGUCUGAGGUGUUCCGGAAGUUUGCGGGCCCGCUAUGAUGAUAAUAAGAAAAAGAAAAGACCAGCAAAAAAGAGAAAAAAAAAUCUCGUCUCUAGACAAGAAAUUCAAUUUUUUGUUUCCUUUUAAUCGUAGCGCCGUAACGAGAACGAUCACGAUCGUUCUAAAUGCAUCCACGAGUGCUAUCUGUUAUCUUUCGAAAAUAAAAAGCCAGAUGCCUUUGCCUAUCGGCCAGGACUCAUCCAUUUCUUUUCCUCUUUCUUUUUUCUCUUUCGACUUUGCUGCGAUCCGAACGUUAAUAACAAAGCACUCGAUCGGUUUUACGAAGAACAGUUACGAAACGACGACGCGGCGUAAUUUCGAUGAUCGUUAAGGGAUGAUCCGAGGACAAAUUCUUCUUCUUUUUGUUUUGUUCCUCGUUUUUUGUUUUUUGUUUUUCUUAUAAAAAACGAAGGGCGGAAGUUGGCCUUAUUUAUGCGAGCAGGUUGUUCGCCCAACGAAACGGUCCCUCCGGGACUCUCGCUACCGGUCUCGGUGAUAGCUAACCGGUCUCCUGACGAAACUCUUGUUUCUCCUUGCUUUUUUUCUUUAAAGGUCAACCACCCGCCAACGGAUAUGACGUUUAAUUUGGUCAUGAAUAAGCGCGGAAGAAAUUAGAUCGAUUCGAAAUGAUCCUUCGUCUCGAUCGUUCGCAAAUCCUUAAAUCCUACCCGCCUAGGUCGCCGCCGUCGUCGUCGAAGACGAAAAGAGGCGCGCGCGCGCGCAGGGUGGAGGGCACGGACGUAUCGCCCGUUCAAUUUGCUAAUUGAAUCGGAAGCACGAGAGGCUACAGCUUGGCAGGCAGCAUCUCGACAGGGAGAGAGACCCUCCGGAGGCGUAGACGAAACCGAGCUCCGCCCUUGCGAUCCCACCCAUGAUCUCGUUCGCCAGACGACCUUGAGAGCUUUAGCUUCCAUGUCGGUUGGCAGAGUAGUCGGUGAUCAUCCUUCUCAGUGACCCCGCGACUGCAUCCGAAAGCGCAUCAUCGAUUCGAUGAAGCAACCAUUCGCGAGAGAAUGAUAUUCCGUAUUCACUGAUAUUCCGUACGCCAACCAGACCCCUUCGUAUACUGCGCGUUGGAACCUAAUUCGCGAAACUGUGAUAGAUUCUUUUACCUUUGUCAUCUUGUGAAAUUACACUUUUGUUCAGCCUUGUGUGUGUCGUCGCCGAAAGAUCGUGCAAGAUCACGCGAUCGCGAUCGCGAAAAUGCUCGGUGGAUUCGACGCUCAAUCGGACUAUUAUCCACAGUGGCAUCAGCCGUGCAAUUAUGUCACACAGCUUCCUUACGGUCCACUCGGUGGUCCAGACUCGGACAACCAAUCGACGUAUUGGGGGGCGGAUUCCGGUAUCUCCGGUGGUAGUUCGGGCGCAGGAAGCCCGACGGCAUCUACGCCACCUCUGAUAGAAGAGAUCGGCGUUCAGGAUUCAAAUUACUCGGCUCUUCAGCAAUACGUGCAUCCAAGCGCGAACGGUGCACAACAUUACUCGGCUUUAUUGUACCCUCAACAACAGCAUCAUCACCACCACCAUCAUCACCAUCACCAUCAUCCGCAGCAUCCUCAUCAUCAAGAGACGCAUCAUCAGCCGCAACAAGCGCAGCAGCAGCAGCAGCAACAGCAGCAGCAGCAGCAGCAGCAGCAGCAGCAGCAACAGCAGCACAAUCAACGUAGAGGGGACGAAUUUACGAUGGCCGGUAUCGGAGGUGCCGGUGGGUCAGCAGUUUCGUUAAAUGGCGUCGGCGUCGGCGUCGGCGUCGGCGUCGGCGUCGGAUCUCUUCAGCAACAUCUUCAACAUCAAGCUGUCAGGGAAGGCAACCCGAUGGUCAGGCCUAAACGUCGAAAUACUGCUAACAAAAAAGAGAGAAGACGUACUCAGAGCAUUAACAACGCUUUCGCGGAUCUAAGGGAUUGCAUUCCGAAUGUACCGGCGGACACGAAGCUCUCGAAGAUAAAAACGUUGAGGCUCGCUGCCUCGUACAUCGGAUAUUUGAUGGCCGUGUUGGAAAGCGACGAAAGCGAGGAGCCUCAAACUUUUCGCGCCGAGAUACUGUCCAACGGUAGGAGAAACAAGAACGCUCAAUCGAGUCAGAGCGAGACGUGUUUGCAAUCUAUUUCGAACGUAGCGCACGAAGAAUCGUCCAAGAGCAAAGGCCGAACGGGAUGGCCGCAGCACAUGUGGGCCCUGGAAUUGAAGCAAGAAUCGCCGACGAAUCAAAUGCAAUAAAUCAAAGACCGUCCCGAUCGAAAAACUCAUUAUUUAACGUUCGACUUAGGACGGAUUAAAAAUUUAUUUAUAAACGAUUAUUGUAAAAACGAAAGAGAUCUCUCGCGCGUUGUACAUAUUUCGCGUUUAAAUUUAUGUGUAAAUAGAGAAUGCUCGUUGCUUUUAGCUGCUCGUCGAUUAAGUAUCGUUGCAAGCAAUGGAGAGAGGGAGAGAGAGAGAGAGAGGACAAUAACGUUUGCGUCCUCCUGACGUUUCGAACGACUCUUUUAAGCGAGUUUAGAUAAAUACUUGAUCUCUUUGAGAAUCCUUUCUAUUCUUAAGAAUCCUCGCUCUUUGAUUCGUUUGUAAAGUUUUGUAUAAAGCACCGUUGAUCCUUAAAGGCUAUCAUGGCUGUAAUUUCACUCCAUGAGAAUUUUCUUAAAGAACGUAACCAAGCCCUGUACCAAAGACGAUGUUCGCCUAUUUAUUCGGACCGUCAGAAAUCUCGUCGACGUUAUCGUGAAACAUAUCAGUUCCUUCGCAUACUUUUCUAUACCUAAACGUAAGAACGAAACAAAAGUUGAUUCGGAAUGAUAUUCGGUGAUAGCUUUUAAGUCUUACAAAUAAAAGUCUGUAAAAGAUAUCAAUCGGCAAUAAUAAAAACGUCGUGUCACGAAAACUUCUAUCGCAAUUUCUUCCAUCGCUCGCCACCUCGAUUUCGUUUUUCAAAAGGGUGCACGCGCGACGCCUUCGCUAACUUUUGAGCCACACGUGUCCGCAAAUGCAGGAAGUCGAGUUGCACUUUCUUCCAAAAAUUUUUACGACGCAAACGUGCCUUCCACGAGCGUGCUGCACGCUGAGAAAUCAUUGUCCAAGACAGUCGGGUCUCGGGUUUCCUCGAUAUCCUGGCGCCACUACUUUGGCUCUGUCUCUUCG